AUGAAGUUUGUCCCGAAUCGCGAUCUUGACAUUGUCACUUCCUCCCUCAAUUUCACGACUCCUGAUCUCCAUGUCAUCGGCGGAUGCGACUUGUACACAACCAAGGCAGCAGGUGGCGAUAAGAAGCUGUACAAGAACAUUGAAAAUGGGCUCGAAGAACAAUAUAAGUCGAAUCUCCAAUUCUCUCAUUCGCUGUCUCCACCGCAAGCGCAUAUGAUGGCCUCGAGCCUGAACCUGAGCCGGAGCAGUCCUUUUGGAAAUCUGGGAAUCACCAGUUCAAGGAGAACCUAUGCAUAUCUGAUUGCGACGCUCAAUGCAAGCCAUCCCGAUUACGACUUCUCCCACAUGCUUCGACCGACAGACUUCAAGCGAGAAAAGAGCCUGCGUCAUGUGAUGAAUACGCUAGAUACCACCCUGUACAACCUGCGACCUCGGCCGCUGAAUUCCUUCGUCAACGUCCCCGGUUUGGCGCCAGAGUCUGCCUGUCCUCCGUCAAGUCAGACCCACUGGGGUCCAGGCAUGUGGAGACUGAUUGAUCAACAAAUGAGCUUGCGCGAUUGCAGCAUAUAUCGAUAUGCCCCCGAAGACUUUGACCCGUUUGAGGAUGAUGAUGAAGGGUCGUUAUGGUCGAUUAAUUACUUUUUCUUCAACAAGGCCAGGAAGCGAGUAUGUUACCUCUAUCUCAGAGGCAUCAGCGUCUUGGCCAUGUCGACGAUGGAUGGCCUUCGUACACCCGUCAAGGGAAAGAGAUUUGCCGAUGAUGAGUCGGAUGGAUGGAUGACCCCAGAUCUAGGCGCUCACAAAAGAGCGAAAUACUGGCUGGGUGAUCGUACCGGUAUUGACAUCCAGUCUGGAGAUACAGAACUGCCGUCGAUUGAACGGGAGGGCCGAGGAUCAGCCCUCGAAGACGGAAUGGAAGACGACCAUUUCCCACCACCCGCACGACCGGUGGUGGACGAACAUGAUAAUUACGUGCUCAGCGACGAAGAGGUGAGAAGUGCCAGAAGCAACAGUAAGAGCACGGUGCGUGCAAUGAGUGAAGAGGUUGUGGGAGCCAUGGAAGUUUGA